AUCGCCUGUCUGGGCCUUUGUACGUAUGCGUUCCGGCCUUGCCCAUGGUGGCGCCGGUGGACUCCAGACUCCGAGUGUUAACACUGGUACUUUUUCAAUGAUAGCAUAUCCGAAACAAAUGAAUUCAAAUACAUUGCCUCAUCAAUUACUGCCGAGACGUGUUGUGGAUUGGAUUUUGGCGUUUACAAGCACAUCGUCAAAGUAGUGUGCCUAAUGCUCGCAAGUAUUUCUCAUACCAUCUCCUUUGAGGAUGCAAAGCUGUAGACCAAAUGAAUGAUUGCAUAUGAUAUCGUGUUGUUGGUAGCAUCUGUUCUAGCAACCAGCAUCAGCCUAGCUUCAG